UGCCUGCCGCCUCACCCCGCUCAACGUCAGCAAGAUGGCGCCCAAGAUCGACCCCAAUGAGAUCAAGAUCAUCUACCUCCGUGCCACCGGUGGUGAAGUAGGUGCCUCAUCGGCACUUGCCCCCAAGAUCGGUCCCCUCGGUCUGUCGCCAAAGAAGGUCGGCGAAGACAUCGCAAAGGCUACCGGUGACUGGAAGGGUCUGCGCGUGACGGUCAAGCUGACGGUUCAGAACCGUCAAGCAGCGGUCUCGGUCGUUCCCUCUGCCUCGUCGCUGGUCAUCCGUGCGCUCAAGGAGCCCCCGCGUGACCGCAAGAAGGAGAAGAACAUUAAGCACGGCGGCAACAUUCCAUUUGACGAGAUUGUCGAGAUUGCGCGCACCAUGAAGCCGAAAUCGUUCGCAAAGAACCUCGAGGGUUGUGUCAAGGAGAUUCUCGGUACCUGCCAGAGCGUUGGGUGCCGUGUCGACAAGCAGCCACCGCACGACGUCAUUGACGCGAUCAACAGUGGCGAGCGAGAGGUCCCAGAGGAGUAAAUGUGGUGCAUGCAUUUGCCACUGUCACGAAACUCCUAUCACCCGCCCCAUUUUCCCCAUUGGCGCCGCCUCUACCUCCUCUUCACUGUACUCUAUGAACACAGGCAAAGCUUCGCAUACGCACAUA